AUGGCACCAACUACGACGGAACGAGUCUUCGGUAUCGGCGAGCUGGUCGAAAGCAUCCUUCUGCACCUACCAGACACGCCAGUCGACAAGCAGCACGAACCUUUGUUCCAGCUUUUCGUGCUCCAGAGUCUCAACCGCACCACCAACCUCGCCAUCAAGAGCUCCAAACGACUCCGCCAGCACAUGUUUCUGGAACCACGCGAUACGACUCCAAUGGCCGCAAGGAUGCCGACGACAUGGCUGUUGCGGCAGGUAGGCAUCGCGGUCGUUCUACCACUAGACGCGGCUUUACUCGACAUCCGCAUCGAAGGCCUUGGGCUGAACGGUGUCGUCAACUGCAAAGUGCAGGGCUAUCUUCGCGACCUCAUCACGGCCUUCAGCAAGGUGGAGGCAUAUCGAAGUCUCGCCUGGGUUCAUCUGAAGGCACCUGAGCAGGGAGUGUCGAUCAAAAAUCUUGACAUGCGGGUCCAGAUCGGCUCUGAGUAUAUCUGGGAUUUCGGGGCAGGGGCGAAGGAGCUUACCAGGUGGUGGCGAGAUGGUGUGCUGAACACAAUGUGGGCUGAGAGGUGGGAGUUUGGAGAAGAGGUCACUGUGGGCGAUUUGCUUGAUAAGUACCUGGAAGUCAUGAGGCGUACGCCUGCGGAGCACAGGCUGCAGCAGAGUGUCCAUGCGAAAGCGAUCAGUGGGAGGACUUGA